GUGGUACUUUUGUGAGCCAGGAGCACGCGGGGCAUUCUGGGUAGGACAUUUUCACGCCAGCCAUAUUGCUCCAUCGUCCUGAUUGAAGGAGAGAGGGGAGAUGAAGGGGAUCCGGGGAAUCAGCCAGCUCUCGAAACGGUUCUAUGCAGCUACCAGAUCAGGCCAGUCACUUGCCCUGCCCUUAGCUGGCCUCAAGCUCUCUCCUGGGGCUGCCCACUCGUACCAGGACGUCCAUGUGACCAGACUGCCUAGUGGACUGGUGAUCGCCUCUCUGGAGAAUUAUUCCCCAGCCUCCAAGAUCGGAGUCUUCGUCAAGGCCGGGUGUCGUUAUGAGACCAAUGACAACCAGGGUGUUACCCACCUUCUCCGGCUGGCAUCCAACCUGACAACCAAAGGAGCUUCAGCUUUCAAGAUAUGUCGUGGUGUGGAGGCAGUGGGUGGCAGCAUGAGUGUGACUUCAUCCAGGGAGAACAUGAGCUACACCGUCGACUGCUUGAGAGAUGACAUUGACACAGUGAUGGAGUAUUUGAUCAAUGUGACCACAGCCCCCGAGUUCAGGGCAUGGGAGGUAUCAGACCUCACACCAAGGGUGAAGAUGGAUAAAGCACAGGCUGCACAGAGUGCUCAAAUAAGUAUAAUUGAAGCUCUUCAUGCGGCUGCCUACAAGAACACUCUCUGUAACUCCCUGUACUGUCCCGACCACAUGGUGGGAGACAUCGAGUCUGAACAUCUUCACCAGUUUGUCCAGAACAACUUCACAAGUGCAAGAAUGGCUCUUGUUGGACUUGGUGUCGACCACUCCGUGAUGAAGCAAGUUGGCGAGCAGUUCCUCAACAUCCGCAGUGGGGCUGGCACCACUGGAGCCGAGGCUCAGUAUCGUGGAGGUGAGGUCCGUCUCCUGAGCACCAGCAGCAUGGUCCACUCCGCGGUAGUCAGUCAGUCAGCAGCAGCAGGCAGCAGUGAGGCUCUAGCUUUCAGUGUGCUGCAGCAUUUACUGGGAGCAGGUCCGCAUAUCAAGAGGGGGUCCUGCGCCUCCAGCAAACUUGUCCACGGUGUUGCCAAGGCAACUACUGACCCCUUUGAUGUGAGUGCGUUCAAUGCGAGUUACUCUGACUCUGGCCUGUUUGGGGUCUACACCAUUUCCCAGGCUGCAGCUGCUGGUGACGUGAUUAAAGCCGCUCUUGCUCAGGUCAAGGCUGUUGCUGAUGGUGGAGUCACCGCAGCCGACCUCACUCGGGCCAAGGCCCAGAUGAAAGGCCAGUUCCUGAUGUCUCUGGAGACUUCAGAGGGACUGCUGGAGACCAUGGGCACUCAGGCUCUGGCUGAGGGAUCAUACUGCUCUCACGAGGAAAUCUCCAAAAAGAUUGACAAUGUUUCCUUGACCGACGUCGCCAAUGCUGCUAAGAAAUUUGUGUCCGGCAAGAAGACGAUGGCAUCCAGUGGCAACCUCGCAAAAACACCCUUUGUGGAUGAGAUCUAAAGUCUCCCAUGGCCCCUUGUCCUCUACCAAACUCCGAUGGCAAAACAGAAUUUGUUCCCUCCACAGAAAAAAGCAGAAGUCAUCAUCACUUUUUAAAAAGCUGUGGUUCUGAGAGAUAUAAUGUCAUAGCACCACUGGGUAUUUAUAGGUGUUGUAACAGUAUGUUUUCAGGUUAUUCUGAAAUGUUGUGCUCCACUCAUUUGUCCACAUUAACUGUAUAGCUGAUGUAAAAUAAUGAAUAAAUUCUAUCUACCUUACAGAG